AGUUGACGGACACAGUGCAGAACCGUCAGAGCUCCCGGUGUUUAACGUGGAGUAACAAGUGUGUGGACGUGGUGACGAGUCAGGUGAGCUCCAGCCCAGAUCAGCGGCAGAGACCAGACUCUCCUGGACCUGAGCCCAGCUGUGUGUCCAUGGAUCCACCUUCACGGUUUAAAGGACAGCUUCCUUCAGAGACUCAAGUUCAGCAGCAAAGCUCAGAGGUUCCCGGAGGCGGGGGUCAGUCUGUCCAGCAGACAGACAUGAGCUCCAUAUUUGAGCGUCUCAGGGAAAACAUCGACACCUUAGUGGAGGACGAGCUGAAGAAGUUCCAGAAGGUUCUGAGUCCAGAUUACUUUGAGUUCUCAGGGAGACAGAAGGAGGAUGACGAGGUGGUGGAUGAUGAAGAGGAAGAGCAGAUGAGGAGCAGCAGAGAGGCAUUUCUGAAGAUCACACUGCACUUCCUGAGGAGAAUGAAGCAGGAGGAGCUGGCCGACCGUCUGCAGAGCAGAACUCCUGCUGCAGUUUGUCAGCGUCAGCUCAAGUCCAACCUGCAGAAGAAGUUCCAUUGUGUGUUUGAGGGCAUCGCUAAAGCAGGAAACCCGACCAAUCAGAUCUGCACAGAGCUCUACAUCACAGAGGGAGGGACCACAGAGGUCAGUGAUGAACAUGAGGUCAGACAGAUUGAAACAGCAUCCAGGAAACCAUACAGACCAGAAACAACCAUCAGACAAGAAGACAUCUUUAAAGCCUCACCUGGAAGAGAUGAACCAAUCAGAACAGUGAUGACAAAGGGAGUGGCUGGCAUUGGGAAAACAGUCUUAACACAGAAGUUCACUCUGGACUGGGCUGAAGACAAAGCCAACCAGGACAUACAGUUCACAUUUCCAUUCACUUUCAGAGAGCUGAAUGUGCUGAAAUGGAAAAAGUACAGCUUGGUGGAACUUGUUCAUCACUUCUUUACUGAAACCAAAGAAGCAGGAAUCUGCAGGUUUGAAGAGUUCCAGGUUGUGUUCAUCUUUGACGGUCUGGAUGAGUGUCGACUUCCUCUGGACUUCCACAACAAUGAGAUCCUGACUGAUGUUACAGAGUCCACCUCAGUGGAUGUGCUGCUGACAAACCUCAUCAGGGGGAAACUGCUUCCCUCUGCUCGCCUCUGGAUAACCACACGACCUGCAGCAGCCAAUCAGAUCCCUCCUGACUGUGUUGACAUGGUGACAGAGGUCAGAGGGUUCACUGACCCACAGAAGGAGGAGUACUUCAGGAAGAGAUUCAGAGAUGAGGAGCAGGCCAGCAGAAUCAUCUCCCACAUCAAGACAUCACGAAGCCUCCACAUCAUGUGCCACAUCCCAGUCUUCUGCUGGAUCACUGCUACAGUUCUGGACGAUGUGAUGAAGGUUAGAAAGAGAAGACGGCUGCCCAAGACCCUGACUGAGAUGUACAUCCACUUCCUGGUGGUUCAGACCAAAGUGAAGAACAUCAAGUAUGAUGGAGGAGCUGAGACAGAUCAUCACUGGAGUCCAGAGAGCAGGAAGAUGAUUGAGUCUCUGGGAAAACUGGCUUUUGAUCAGCUGCAGAAAGGCAACGUGAUCUUCUAUGAAUCAGACCUGACAGAGUGUGGCAUCGAUAUCAGAGCAGCCUCAGUGUACUCAGGAGUGUUCACACAGAUCUUUAAAGAGGAGAGAGGACUGUACCAGGACAAGGUGUUCUGCUUCGUCCAUCUGAGUGUUCAGGAGUUUCUGGCUGCUCUUCAUGUCCAUCUGACCUUCAUCAACUCUGGAGUCAAUCUGAUGGCAGAAGAAAAACCAGUAUCCUGGUGGUCUGAAAUGUUCGGAGGAAAAUCAACACGUUUCUACCAGAGUGCUGUGGACAAGGCCUUACAGAGUCCAAAUGGACACCUGGACCUGUUCCUCCGCUUCCUCCUGGGUCUCUCACUGGAGACCAAUCAGACCCUCCUAUGGAAAAAGAAAAGAAGCUCACAAACCAAUCACAAAACAAUCAAGUACAUCAAGAAGAAGAUCAGUGAGGAUCUGUCUACAGAGAAAAGCAUCAGUCUGUUCCAAUGUCUGAAUGAACUGAAUGAUCGUUCUCUUGUGUCAGAGAUCUAUUUCCACAUGGCAAUGGGAUGUCACUCCACAGCUGAACUGUCCCCUGUUCAGUGCAAAGCUCUGUGCUUCGUCUUAUUCUCCUCAGAAAAAGAUCUGGACGUGUUUGACCUGAAGAAAUAUUCUGCCUCAGAGGACGCUCUUCUAGGGCUGCUGCCAGUGGUCAAAGCCUCCAACAAAGCUCUGCUGAAUGGCUGUAACCUGUCCCAGAGAAGCUGUGAAGCUCUGUCCUCAGUCCUCAGCUCCCCGUCCUCUCGUCUCAGAGAGCUGGACCUGAGUAACAACAACCUGCAGGAUUCAGGAGCGAAGCUGCUCUCUGCUGGACUGAAAAGUCCUCACUGUCAACUGGAAACUCUCAGGCUGUCAGGCUGUCUGAUCCCAGAGGAAGGCUGUACCUCUCUGGCCUCAGCUCUGAGAUCCAACCCCUCCCAUCUGAGAGAGCUGGACCUGAGCUACAACCAUCCAGGAGACUCAGGAGUGAAGCUGCUGAUGGAUGGACUGAAGGAUCCACACUGGAGACUGGAGACUCUCAGGUUGGAACAUUGUGGAGAGCAGUGGCUGAAACCUGGUCUGAGGAAGUAUGCCUGUGAACUCACAGUGGACAUGAACACAGUAAACACACACCUCAAACUGUCCGACAACAACAGGACGGUGACACUGGUGACGGAGAAGCAGCCUUAUCCUGAUCAUCCAGAGAGAUUCGAGCACUGGGCUCAGCUGCUGUGCAGAACUGGUCUGACUGGUCGCUGUUACUGGGAGGUGGAGUGGAGAGGAGUUGCGUACGUAUCAGUGAGUUACAGAAGAAUCCGGAAGAAAGGGUUAAAUUCAGACUGCUGGUUUGGAGGGAACGAUCACUCCUGGAGUCUGAGGUGCUCUCUGUUUUGUGAUUACGCUGUCACUUACAACAGUAAAAGAACAGACCUUCGUACGCCACGCCCCCCCCCCUCCCCCUGUCUCUCUGGUAGAGUAGCAGUGUAUGUGGACUGUCCUGCUGGCACUCUGUCCUUCUACAAAGUCUCUUCUGGCACAUUGAUCCACCUCCACACCAUCAACACCACCUUCACUGAGCCUCUGUAUCCCGGCUGUGGCUUUGGAGUCGACUGGGACGAUUCCUCUGUGUGUUUUUGUUCACUGUAGGAGGUGGAGUCUCCUCCUGUGUAACAGAGGAGGGAUCCGUCUUCUGGGACAGAGACAGGAAACAAUCAUGCGCACAGAAUACAUACAUAUACAUAUAUAUAUAUAUAUAUAUUUUUAUGCUACUGUUGUAUAGCAAAAAUAAAGCUGUUCAUGUUUGCAUACAGCCAUGAGGACACUAUAUUUUUAUGCCUCUGUGCCAGCGAAAGCUGAGGAGGCGUUAUGUUUUCAGGUUGUUGUCUCAUCCUUGGGAAGGCAGUAUCACAAGGACACCUCUCCCCAAAUUUGGCACAAACAUCCACUUGGACUAAAGCAUGAACUGAUGAAAAAUUAGUGGUCAAAGGCCAAGGUUGUUGUGACCUUGCGUUCAUCUCAUUCUUGUGAACUUGGAAUCUCAAGAAGGCCUUGAGGGAAUUUCCUCAAAUUUGGCACAAACGUCCACUUGUGGUCAAACAUCAGAACAUCACAGAACAUUUUUGGCCACAACUCAAGAAUUCAUGUGACAAAAUUUCACACUAAUAUCUAAACAUUUUAUAUCCAAAAGGUCAAAGGUCAGCUUCACUGUGACAUCAUCAUGUUUUCUGUCCAUCAUGAAUUACUAUAACUCCGGACCGGACAGUGAUGUAGGUGCAUUUUAUAAACAUUUAAAGAUCUAGUCACACUGAAUUGUAUGUUGUGCUCAGAGCUGUCAGAGUGAAAUUUAAGGUGUGCUGAUGGAUUCACGUCAUCAACUCAUGCAUUGAGUAACAUUACAAGUUAACGUUCCACCUUAAAAGUUGCCGGCAGUCGGCCCAGUGAAUGAAGUGAUUUUUUCUCUUUCAUUUUAUAGUUGUAGUUUACUGAUGUAUGAACAGAGGUUACAUAAAACCAGAGUGAGCGUCCUCUACUGACCAAUCAGACUGCAGGGUUUCUAGCUCCACCUUUUAGUACCAGAUCUGUGUGCUAGGUACCCCAACAGAGGGGGGACCAAACAUGGGGACGCUAAGGAACGCUUCUGUUGGUACCAUCCACAACUUUUACUGUGGAAAUGGAGACAUAGCUGUUCUAAUGUGAACCGAACUGAAGCGAACACCAUUUCUGCUGAAGCACAGUAUUUGGUCUUUCUGUGUGAAAAAGAAACAGCAGUCAGAGUCAGACAAAUAAAAUGAGUAUCUUCCAAAGUUCAGUCAUUUAACACACUGAGGAAACUUUGUACUAAAAUCACUCUGUCUUGUUCCCCAUGUGAUUUGUCUCAGACUGCUGAAGCCUAAUAUCCACUUCACCUGAACUUUCAGAGUUAUUUCUGUAUUUUAAAUCUUGUUUUUAUAACUCGUGCCACUUAAUUUUACUGCAAGCAAACCUUUUGCCAUCUAAGUAAUUUAAAAGGUGAUAUAAUGAAAAAUAAAAACUCUGCACAGUG